UGUUACGAUAAGGUAAUAUUACAGUAGUGGUAAAGAGCUUGAAUUGAGCUAAAGGCUGUGUGCCGGGCUAAAAGCACUGGCUACACGCUAAGUCACGUGCAAUGGCACCACGUGACUGGUGCCACGUAACAAGUCCCCCCCUUCAGACUUCAAAAGACGACGUCCUCGUCGCAAUAUAGCCAUUCUAGGCUACCCAAACGAGAAGUCCACUAGUAUGGAGUGUGCUUCCCGCCCCCAAGAGCUUACAUCUUACUCCCAAGGGCCCUGCGAGAAGCAGGCCAUAGUAACGUAUAUCCCAGAAUAUGCCCCCUACUUGUAUAUUGCCUCCCUCUCUACCACACUUCUUGUUCGCGCCGUAUCCAGUCUUAAUAACCUCCCAAUUGCAACCACCAUGUAUGCCAUGUGCCCUAAUAGGAGGGACACUAGCCAAGUAAAGACUUGGGGAAGUGAGGAGUCGGACGGCUCUGCCGGCGGGGGUGUGAAGCGUGGCAGGAAGCUCUUUCUGCAGGGGCGAGGGGAACAUCGCUUUAUUGCUGUGGUAAUCCGUAUCGU